AUAGAUAUCUGAGUAGAAACGAAGUUAAAAGUUUCACAAUGUCAAGCUCAUCUUUCCAAUUAGUCUUCAUGUUUUGUUUUUCCAUUCUUCUUCUUCUUCUUAUGUCCACCUCCAUGCAAACUGUCUCAGCUGCUACUACUAACAAAGCUAGUGCCAAAACUUACAAAAAAUUUAUCAAAUCCGCCUGCAAUUCAACCACAUAUCCCAAAGUUUGCUACAAAGCUCUAUCUCCCUGUGCGUCCGCCAUUAAAACCGAUACCAACAAGCUUUGCAACAUCGCCUUGUCCUUCACUCUAAAUGCCACAUACAAUGCAUCUUCAUCGAUAGACUCGUUGUCAAAAAUGAAGGGAUUGAGUCCGUCCGAGAAAGAAAUCAUCCAUGAUUGCGCUGAAACUACAGGCGAGGCCAUCGACGAGCUGGAGAAAUCCUUGAAGACAUUGGCUAAUUUACAAGGCUCGGGUCACAAGGCUGAUGAGAUGAAUGAUUUAAAAACUUGGGUGAGCGCUGUCUUGACGGAUGAGUACACAUGCACCGAUGAAUUUGAUGGCCAGAAAGUAAGCAAAGCUGUUAAGAACACAAUCAAUAAGAGUGUGUUGUAUCUUGCUCAAUUGACCAGCAAUUGUUUGGCUCUUUUUAAUCUUCUGGAUUACUGAUUUAGUGUUUUCAUUAAUAACUUCCAUCUUUUAUUUUGUUUAAUAACAUGUAUGCUUGAGUAUAUUCUCCAAGUUAGUUCUGGGGGAAGGGUGCUCUGAUCUUUUACAUACAUGCAUUAUCGAUGUAAUAUAAUUUGUUGCAAUAUGACAUAUGCUGCCCGUUAUAGGUAAUUUACA